AGGAAGAGAAAUAAACAAGUAUAUGAAGUGGUAUUUGUACGCUGAUAAACUGCCUAAUUCAGUCAGUCCAAAUUCUAAUCCCAUUACCUUUUAACCCAUAUUUGUCACCUUCAACCUCCAAACAAAAUCCAAAUCCUGAUCCAUGGAGCAUUCUGUUGUUUCAGAGCUUGAAGGAAGUCUUCUCAAAGACCCUGACCCCUUCUCCUACUUCAUGUUAGUUGCAUUCGAGGCAUCGGGUUUGCUUCGUUUUGCUUUGUUGUUGAUUUUAUGGCCUGUCAUUUGCUUAUUAGACGUAUUAGGGGUGGGAGACUCUGGCCUAAAGCUAAUGAUCUUUGUUGCCACUGCUGGUGUUCGUGAAUCGGAGAUUGAAUCGGUAGCAAGAGCUGUUCUGCCCAAGUUUUUUAUGGAUGAUAUUGACAUGGAGACAUGGAAAGUUUUCAACUCCUAUGAUAAAAGGGUUGUGGUGACUAAAAUGCCUAGGAUUAUGAUCGAGAGAUUUGUGAAGGAGCAUUUGCGAGCUGAUGAAGUUGUUGGAAGUGAACUCGCAGUGAACCGAUUUGGACUCGCCACAGGUUUUAUUAAAUGUGUGCACAUUGAUUCUUUUAUCUCUAGGCGAGUUGCCAAGCUGUUUACAGACGAAAAGCCCACUUCAGGAUUGGGAAGGACUACUUCAGCUUCUCCAUUCUUGUCUCUAUGCAAGGAACAAAUGCACCCACCAUUCAUCAUGGAGCAGAAGGAACAUGCCCACCAGCUCAUCGUGCCUCUUCCGGUGAUCUUUCAUGAUGGCAGGCUCGUCAAGCGCCCAACACCAUCCACUGCUCUGCUCAUCAUCCUAUGGAUUCCAUUGGGAAUUAUACUUGCAUUACUGAGGAUCGUGGUGGGAAUAAUGUUACCGAUGUGGGCUAAACCCUACUUGUCGCGAUUAUUUGGAGGCAAAGUCAUCGUCAAAGGCAAACCACCACCGCCAGCUUCCUAUGGCAGUAGUGGUUUCCUUUUCGUAUGCACUCACAGAACUCUAAUGGAUCCUGUGGUAUUAUCCACAGUGCUCAGACGGAAAAUUCCUGCAGUAACAUACUCCAUUUCACGAUUAUCAGAGAUCUUAUCUCCGAUCCCCACCGUCCGAUUAACAAGAAUCCGGGAAGUGGAUGCAGAGAAAAUCAAACGGGAAUUAAUCAAAGGAGAUCUGGCGGUAUGUCCAGAGGGAACAACAUGCAGAGAACCAUUUCUAUUGAGAUUUAGUGCACUUUUCGCAGAAUUAACAGACCGAAUAGUGCCAGUGGCGAUGAAUUACAGGGUAGGAUUUUUCCAUGCAACUACAGCUAGAGGGUGGAAAGCUUUGGACCCUAUCUUUUUCUUCAUGAACCCUAGACCAGUUUACGAGGUGACAUUCUUGAAUCAGCUGCCAGUGGAGGCUACAUGCUUGUCUGGGAAGAGCCCACAUGACGUUGCAAAUUAUGUGCAGAGAAUGUUAGCCGCUACGUUAGGAUUUGAGUGUACAAACUUUACAAGAAAGGACAAGUACAGGGUGCUUGCAGGGAAUGAUGGAACUGUAUCAUAUACUUCUUUUCUUGAUCAGAUGAAGAAGGCAGUGAGCACUUUCAAGCCCUUUUUUCACUAAUAUUUAGACGAUACGAGAAUAAGAUUAUUAUUACUUUUUUCUUUCUGUAUCUUGUUAUAAUUAUUUUUUUUUUAAGACAUAUAUGGUUUUUGUUCUGUAAGCGGCUGUCUCUGUAUUUUAUUUUUUGGAAAUUUUAUUUCUAGAAUUGUUGAAUAAUGUCUAAGAGAUGCCUAAUGUUAAUU